AUAGAAAUUGGAGAACAUGAUACUGAUGAAGAAGAUACUGAUAAGACAGAAUUUCAAACAGAACAACUUGAAGAAAUUCCACCAUCAAAAGAUGAAAUAUUAACUACAAAUGAAUUUCUUCGAGAACAAUCUCCUUUACCUUUAGAUCGUGCAUUAAAUUUUGUUCCAACAUAUGGUAUUAAAAAGAAUAAAGCCGGAAAUAAUGAAUCAACAGAAGAAUUUGAUUCAGACUAUCCAUCUGCAAUACAUAUUGAACAUUCAUCUACUGUUGUCGAUCCAUUAUCUGAUAUGGUAUCUGUAGAUCAAUUACAUACUCAAGAUUUUGAAUUACUUAUUCAAACUGCACCAGAACCUAAAGUUGAAGUUAUACCUGAACCUACCACUGCUAAUCAACAUGAACCAUCGGAUCUGACUGAUGAUGAUAUAAUCAAUACAAUGUUUAAUAAACCUCUUAAACAUGCUCGUCUAUCAAUAAGAACACUUGAAGCAAAUUCUUCUUCUCAACUAAUAAAUAAAAAUUCUGAUAAUAAUGCUGCUGGUGGUGGUUAUUUUUUUAGUGAUUUUGGAAAUGAAGGUGAUGGUGAAGGUGAAGAAGAUCUUAUAUCACUUGAUCUUAGUAAUUUUGCAGUACCAAUUUCCAAUGAUAUGAUACCUGAUGAUAAUACAAGUAAUACAUUAUUGAAUCCUCAUCAAAAACAACAAUCAACAAUUGAAAAUAAUAAAGAAAAAGAAAAUGAUAAAGAAACAGAAGAAAAUAAAAAGAAUGAUGAAACAACAAAAGAUAUUGCUAAUGUUCCUUCAACAUCAACAGUAAAACAAACAUCACCAACUUCAGCUAAUAAAAACAACAGCAGCACAAAAACUCAACCCAUAAAAACUAACGAUAAAGAACCUACACAUCAUCAUCCAACAGGAAGAAAAAUGUCAAAUGUAAAUACAGUAGAACCAAUUCCAAAAUCAACAAAAUCAUCAUUUCAUUUUAAUUCAUCUUUAAUGGCAUUAGAAAAUAAAGAUUCGAAUAAGACAUCAUUAAAAAAUACGAAUUCAAUUGUAAAACGACCACCUUCAGGUAAUAAACAAUCAACUCUAACUCGACAGCGAUCAGCUUCAUUACGAAAUGAUCCUAAUAAUCAAUCAUCAACUAAUCUUAAUCGACGUCAAUCUGAGUUUCCUCAUGAACCUGUUACUCAACCAUCAACUAAUCUUAAUCGACGUCAGUCUGAAAUUCCUCAUGGUGCUAAUGCAAGAUUAUCAAGAUUUAAUCAACCAAAAUUAACAGGUGCAGCUCGUCGUACUUCAGUACUUCCUGUUCCACUUAAGUCAAAUGAUAUUUCUAACGAACGUAUUUCAACAUCAAGACCAACAUCACCGGAAAGAAGAAAUUCAAUUCCUUUACUCGAUCAAAAUACUCUUGUUUCACUUUGUGAUAUCAUGAAUUUUGAUGAUCAACCGAAUGAAGAAUCCAAUACUAAUGGAUUAGAUAUUGAACCAAUUAAAUCUACAGAUCAACAUAGGUCAGUAACAAAUGAGGAAGAAAAUAAAUCACCAUUAAUCACAACAACUGAACAAGAUCCAAAAUCUACACAUAGAGUGGAUCCUUCAUCAAACAAUGAUUCCGGAAAAUUAUCAACACAACAAACUUUUCAUGUUUUCUAUUGCAAUAAUAUGACACAAGUCCCACUGUGUCAUUUGAAUACUUGGAAUGAACAACUUAAUACAUUUGUAACAAGAAAAGAUAUUUCUUAUGACACUUUUGAACAUAAUUUAAGAGACAUGAUUCUACCAACGAAAAAAUUAUCAUUUGAUUAUCCGAAUAAUAUUCAAGAUAAUAAAUUCAUCAUUGAACUUCUACAACAAAUAUCAUCUGUAUCAACUUCUCAAUUCUUCAAACAAUUUGAAUAUUUAACAAAUGAAUAUUCGAUGAAUUUCGAUAGACCAUUACACUGUAAACCUUAUUCACAUGAAAAUCUGUAUAAUAAACAAGAUUCCAAAGUUUUCAAUACAAAUUCGUUACAUUCAACUUCAGAUGAUAAUCAAUCACAUAAUUAUCAAGAAGAAUUCGAAGAUGAAGAAAAGAUACCUCGUCAAACAAUUCGUCGUAAUACUGAACCAGACGUACGAAAUACUUAUUUUGAUGAAAUGAACCUUGAAACAGAAUUAAAAUCUUCAUCAGAACAUAAUCUUUAUCAAUCAACCGAAGACAAUCAAUACGACAAUUUAAAAAUGAAUAAUACAACAAUUCAUAAUUAUUCUUCAGUAUUCUUAACACAAACUUCAGAGUUCAAUGAUCAUGUAAAAGAAAAUUUCAAUGAAACAUUUCAACAAAAGUCACCACCAAAUCGACCGAAAUGGAAUUCUGUAAGCAAAAAUCGUAGUGUUAAUUUCAUUUAUAAUCCAAAAGUACCAAAUUCAAAUUCAAUACGAAAAGGAUGGGAUUCUGAUCUUCGACGAAAACGAGUACAUAAAUUGCCACCACUUGAACAUACAAGAUAUCGAGAUGAAAUGCCACAAUUAUCUAUCGAAUCUCCACCAUAUAAUGGUCGGUUAGCUAUCGAUUAUAAUUAUGAUAACUCUAUGCAUGAUCACUCUAAUGGAACAACACCAUCAAGAAGAUCAAGUCGAGCACUUGUUCCCAUACGUCAGUCUAGAGAACUUCAAAUGAUAUCGGAUACACCACGAUCUCAACGUCCAGUUCAUCAAGAAUGGUAUGAUGAUUUAAAUCGAUCUCAUUUCACUCAUAGAACAGAUAUGGAUCGAGCAGACAACUCUUCGUAUAGAGAUUCAAUACGUUAUACAAAUACAUCAAGAGAACUUUUACCAUUACAUUCAUUAUCACAAAAUAAUGCGUCUAGUGGAGUAUUACUUGAUACGUCUGUUCGUACAAAUCGAGCAACUGAACUUCGUUUAUCAAGAGAUAUGAAUGAACAUCAUCAUCAUUCACAUGAUAUAAGUCAAUCAAUGCCAUUUGAAAUUCGAGGUUUUCAGGUGAAAGGUAUGCAAUUAACAACUUCUGAUGACGCAAAAAUUCGGCCAUUAUCAAAUGUAAAUUAUCAAUCAAGUGAACGAGUAAAAACACGUCGAACAUAUCCAUUUGGAAAUAUUCAUCAAUCCGACAUGCCAAGUCGAUAUAAUGCACUUGUACCUAUUGCAGAAUUUCGACAACCAUCUUUUUCAACUUCUAUAGUAGAAAUUCCACAAAUGGUUGAUGAAGAAGAAUAA